GCCAUAUAAUCCACGGUUUCAGCAACGAGAUCAAGUCAUUGAAGAACUUCUUGCUGGACCAGAAGGUCUACAAUGAGUUCAAGACUCUUGUGGUUGUAGGAGAAUACGUUGUGGGGAAGACAGCUUUAUGCAAGACCAUUUUCAAUGAUGAAGACGUGAAGAGUGUUUACGCUCCAAGAAUCUGGGUGUCUAUGCAUAGCACUGAAUGGUCUGCUGAAGACGGUCUAGAUGGUAAGAUAUCUGUUUUAAAGAAUAUCUUGACAGUUCUUGGAGUUGAAGUCUCGAUAUUGGACAAGAUCAACAAAUAUGCUGUAGAUGAGUAUAUAAGCAACAUGGAAUCUGAGGUGGAAUCUAAAAAACUUGACGCAGAGACAGCCAAGGAGAAGGAGAUCUCUGCUUUGCUCUAUGCGCUUCACUUGAAUCUGAGGUGGAAGAAGUAUCUGAUAGUGUUUGAUGAUGUGCGAGAAGAGGACAACUGGAACGAGAAGCUUCAAGACGAUGAGGAGAAGCUCAAGAAGGAUAAGAGAUGGGGAAAAUAUCUUUCAGAUGGAUUCCCUAAAGGCUCUGGUGGAAGA